CUCGAGAGAAAAGGAAGAAGAGGAAGGAGAAGAAGAAGUUCGCACCAGUUUUGCCUCCAAUCCAGUGGAGGUUUGAAUAGCAGCGGCGCGGCAGGGGAGGGACGCACUGCCAGCAACUCGGGAUACCCACUCACACACACACUCCCUCUCUCACACACACGCUUCUGCCCACCACAGACCAGCUCAGUCCGCGAGAAAAAAGCUGCAAACGCGCACCAGAGACCGCCGUUUUCAUCCGGUUUCAUACACGCGUAAAAAGCGGAGGGGAACUACCAGAGACCUGGGGCUUUAAAGCAUUUUUUUUAUUUUUUUUUUACCAAAUCGUCUUAGUUUUCCUUGUGCUUAAUUUCAAAGGAGUUUUUUUUCUUUCUUUUUUCACGGAGAGAAGUAGCAUCCUUCAGAGAACGCCGUCUCUUCACAUUCUGAGAGGAUGAGGCAGUGUAAAGGUUGGAGCCUGUUGCUGCUGAUGCUGUUGGGCCUGGGAUCUUUGGCCCAAAAGCUGCCCACGAGAGAUGAAGGGCUCUUUCAGAUGCAGAUCAGAGACAAAUCGCUGUUCCACGACUCCUCUGUCAUACCAGACGGAGCAGAGAUCAGCGGCUUCCUGUUCAGGGACACACCCAAAAGGUACUACUUUGUGGUGGAAGAAGAUAACACCCCCCUGUCUGUGACAGUGACACCAUGCGAUGCUCCUCUGGAAUGGAAACUUACCCUGCAAGAGCUCCCGGAGGAGUCCAGUGGAGAGGGAUCAGGAGAGCCUGAACCUUUGGACCAGCAGAAACAGCAGGUGACGGUGGACGAGGGCACGGAGCUCUUCACCUACAAGGGUAACGACGUGGAGUCCUACGUCUCCACCAGCACGCCGUCCGGCCUCUACCAGCUGGAGCUGCUGUCCACCGAGAAAGACAGCAACUUCAAGGCGUACGCCACCACCACGCCGGAGUCCGACCAGCCCUACCCGGAGCUGCCCUACGACCCCCGGGUGGACGUGACCGCCCUGGGGCGAACCACCGUCACGCUGGCCUGGAAGCCCACGCCCACGGGCUCCCUCAUGGGCCAGCCCGUCCAGUACUGCGUGGUGCUCAACAAGGAGCACAAUUUCAAGAGCAUGUGCGCCGCCGAGGCCAAGAUCAGCGCCGACGACGCCUUCAUGUUGGCCCCGAAACCCGGCCGAGACUUCAGCCCGUUCGACUUCGUGCACUUUGGCUUCGUGUCCCCCGACAGCGGCUUUGGGAAGGAGAGAGGCCUCACGAGCAACAAGAUCUCCCGGGCGUACGCGGCCAAGCCCAAAGCGUCAGACAUUCAGAAGGUGUGCAUCGGCAACAAGAACAUCUUCACGGUGUCGGACCUCAAGCCCGACACGCAGUACUACUUCGACGUGUUCGCGGUGAAUUCGGCCACCAACACCAGCACGGCCUACGUGGGAACCUUCGCCCGCACCAAAGAGGAAGCUCGCCAGAAGACCCUGGAGCUGAAGGACGGGAAAGUCUCGGACGUUUUCAUCAAGAGGAAGGGCAGCAAGUUCCUGCGUUUCGCCCCCGUGUCCUCCCACCAGAGGGUCACCCUGUUCGUCCACUCCUGCCUGGACGCGGUGCAGGUGCAGGUGAGGCGCGACGGCAAGCUGGUGCUCUCCCAGAACGUGGAGGGCGUGCGGCAGUUCCAGCUGAGGGGGAAGCCCAAGGCCAAGUACCUGAUCCGCUUGCGGGGAAGCCGGAAGGGGGCGUCCACCCUGAAGCUGCUGGCCACCACCCGGCCGAGUAGCAAGCAGCCCUUCCCGUCCCUCCCGGAGGACACCCGCAUCAAGGCCUUCGACAAGCUGCGCACCUGCUCCUCCGCCACGGUGGCCUGGCUGGGCACGCAGGACCGCAACAAGUACUGCAUAUACCGCAAGGAGGUGGCCGACAGCUACGGCGAGGAGCAGCGGCGCCGGGAGCAGAACCAGUGCGCCGGGCCGGAAACCCGCCGGAAGGCCGAGAAGGUCCUGUGCAAGUACUUCCACAGCCCGAACCUGCAGAAAGCUGUGACCACAGAGACCAUCACAGGCCUGGACGCGGGCAAGACCUACCUGCUGGACGUUUACGUGGUCGGACACAGUGGCCAUUCAGUAAAAUACCAGAGCAAACUGGUGAAAACAAGGAAGUACUGCUAAAUGACUUUGCAGAGAAGAAAUCUAUUAUAUAUAUAUAUAUAUAUAUAAAUAUAUUAAAUAAGUUUAUUUAACACUAAGUGAUAUUCUACUAAGGAGUGUAUACAGACUGACUACUCACGCAACUGGUGGGCCAGUGGCAGUGACUGAACUGUUUGUAGAGAGAGAUAUCAACCUGUAUAUUUAUGUUUACAUUUUCUCGGCGGCGUGUCCGAGCGGCCCAUGGCGUGAGCUGCUUUUGUCACCAGGCCCCGUUGUCCUGACAUCACGCUGCCGCUCGGGAGGCAGAACCUUCAAAGAGGAUCACGUUUCAUCUCGUAUGUUUCUUUGGCGCUGCAUGACAUUUGCUUUCGUCCGUUGUAUCUGUCAGCUCCUUCAGCUUACGCAUCCCGACGUAAUGGAGGAGAUCCCGACGUGCCGCUUUGUAUAGAUCUCUGCAAAUGUACUACGCGUUUUAGCAGGACUUUAAAUUAUUUUAUACUUCCCUUCUAUCUUUUUCUUGAUUGCCUGUUGUUUUUUCGUCGAUGGCAGUAAUAGCCGUUCCGAGAAAGUUCCAGUUUUUUUCUGAGGAAGUUGUCGUAGUUCGGACAUUCCCUUAUGUAUCGCAGCCGGUGUUUGCUCUAGAGCUCAUCUUGUAAAUGUAUUCUGUGCUGGAGACGUGUGUUAUUAUCACUGUAUCGCUCUGUCCGUCGGCGUGUGGGUGCGAGCGUGUGUGCGCGUGUGUGUAUGUGUCACAUGUACAGAGCUGUCCUGCCAAUAUUCAUGUACAUAAAGACUAAAUAUAGAACAAGUAAUCCCUGUGUGUCACCCUGGGUGUCAUGUUCUUUUGCCAAGCAGGUAUUUCACAAUUGAGAUGAACAAGAACAGUGCACCAUUAUCCCCCAGACACCUAAAGCAAGCUUACAGGAGCAAAACUUCAUCGUUAGAUCAUUUCAUAGAUUAUAAGAAGUGGUCAUUCGGGGUCCUUUUUGUGAGCACUUCUUAAUUUCUGAAGAGG